CCACGACAGCCACGUAACCGGAGCUGCCAGGCAGGUAGAGCAGGUAACCGUGGCAAGCAAUUCAAGGCAGCAGGUGUGUGUGAGAGAAGGCAGAGCCAGAGGGGGAGAACAGAAAAACAGCAAGAAGAAACGGAGACUAACAAAACCCGGAAAGAUCAACACACAUUCACGACUCUGUGAGAUAAUCAAAGAAAGGAAUAAAAGUGGAGGACGAAAAGCAAACUCAGGCCAUGGAGGCCACAGUGGACGAGGAUGAUGGGACGUUCACUAACAUCUCUCUGGCAGACGAUACAGUGGACGGUGGAUCUGCAGCCCUGUAUACCAAACAGGAGAACGAGCUUGUCACCAUGAACUGCGACAUAGAUGGAGACAUGGAGAAUCAGGUGGAGGUUGAGGAGAAGACGAGGUUGAUAAAUCAGGUUUUGGAACUUCAGCACACACUGGAAGACCUGUCAGCACGAGUCGAUGCAGUCAAAGAGGAGAACCUGAAGCUAAAGUCUGAGAACCAGGUCCUCGGUCAGUACAUUGAGAACCUCAUGUCGGCCUCGAGCGUCUUCCAGACCACCGACACCAAGAGCAAGAGGAAGUGAGUUACCCUCAGUAGAAAGCUGGAGUCCUGGGCCAGCAGCUGGGAGAGGAAACCCAUCAUGGAGACGUGGAGAGGGGUUUGUUUCCUCAGCAGAUGUGGGAGUUCCUUUAACCACUUACCCAAGUCAAAACUAACAAAAUAAAUAUCAAAUAACCCCAUAAACGGA